UCUAUGCCUGUGCUGGUACUUUGUUAAUUCCAAGUACUUUCACAAUACAAACUUCAAAUUUCUGACAAGUUUCAGAAUCUAAACACUCUUGCACCGGUAGAGAUGAGCCCCUUUGAUGCACUGUUUUCUCUUCUCCUACUUGCUUCUACUGGAACUCCAACAGUGCAAGCUUCUGGCGUUGUAAGAAGCCAUGAGGAACCGGCAUCCACCGCCACACUCGUCGGUUGUAAGAGAAGCUGUGGCAAUAUUACCUUCGAUUACCCCUUCGGCAUCGGCUCGCGCUGCUUCCGUGACCCUGAUUUCAGCCUCAUCUGCAACGACACCGUGCAGCCCUCCAGGCUCUUCCUCCAUGACGGUACCACAGAGGUUCUUGACAACAUCGAUGUUAUUGAUCACGAGUCUUACUAUAACCUUGAAAAAAAUAUCUGGAUUGGCUUCUCCCGUAUCAUUACCAUGAGACCUGGAAUCAACAAUUACAACAUAUCCUGGAGGGCCCCAGGGAGAUCUUUUUUCCUUGCCUACGCCCAACUAAACAUCACCGGUUGCGACUUGGACAUGUAUUUGAUCAAUCAAGACAUGGAUAUGACCAGGCCGUUCUGCACCAUGACUUGCCCCAACAAAGAAAUCACAGACAGCAUGGCUAGGCAGAAUUGCAAUGGUACUGGCUGUUGUUCUAUCUCCAUUGACUACAUACGUGAAUUUGAGAUCAGAUUUGUUCGUCACACAAAAGCCGAGCUCGAGCCGCGUUCUAACAGAAGCUCACUGUGGGAUAGAAUAAAUGUAACCACCGAUAGCUAUGCCAAUUUGUUAUGGAGCGUCAUGGAUCAGCCUAGCUGCACCAGCGCCGUGGGGAACCAAUCGAGCUAUGCUUGUAUCAGCAGGAACGGCAGCUGCGAUGACUCCUAUAUGCCAAUGAAUUUCGGGUACCGCUGCCGGUGCAGUGCUGGGUACGGUGGCAAUCCCUACAUUCUCGAUGGCUGCUCACGGGACAAAGGAUAUAGUCCAGCGCAGCGACUGAAUUGUUCCCGUUCAUGUGGAAAUAUCAGCGUUCCAUUUCCUUUUGGUCUGGAAGAAGGGUGUUUUGGGAGGAAACAAUUUUACCUCAACUGCACAAAUGCGACUUCUUCUAUCCUCCAUUUUGAAAAUUACUUUCAAGUAACAUCCAUUGAUGUCGAGGGUGGGCUCAUCAAAUACAUCUUACCCUUUGAAAAUGCAGGGUCAAUUCCCUUUCUACGUGAUGAAGCUAGUCUUUUUGUUAAUUCUGGGGAGUCAGUCUCCUUGCAAUGGGCUGUUGCUAAUCUAACUUGUCAGGAAGCACAGAAAAAUAACUCCGGAUAUGCGUGUGUGAGCAACAAUAGCACGUGUGUGAUAGUCAACUCAACCCAUGGUUACAUUGGUUACCGUUGUACUUGCUCCAUUGGCUUUGAAGGAAAUCCAUACAUUCAAAAUGGUUGCAAAGAUGUUGAUGAGUGCCUUCAACCUAAAAGUUGUAAUGGGACCUGUCACAACAUCAUCGGAAGCUUUCAAUGUACUGAAUGCCCCCACAAGACAGAGUAUGACCCAGUAAAAAUGCAGUGUACUUCAGUUAAACAAGGAAACCUUCUAUUAGGUGUUAUCAUUGGGCUUAGUAGCGGCUUUGGCAUUCUAUUUAUUGGCUUAAGUGGAAUAAUUCUCAUCCGUCGAUGGAAUCGUGACAUCCAGAAGCAACUACGAAAGAAGUAUUUUUUAAAAAAUCAAGGCCUUCUCUUGGAACAAUUGAUAUCUUCCGAUGAAAAUGCAAGUGACAAAACGAAGAUUUUCUCCUUAGAAGAGCUAGAAAAGGCAACAAAUGGCUUUGAUCCUACAAGAAUCCUUGGUCGUGGAGGGCAUGGGAUGGUAUACAAAGGUAUCUUAUCUGACCAACGUGUUGUGGCGAUAAAAAGGUCCAAGGACAUCGAGGAAGGUGAGAUUAGUCAAUUCAUUAAUGAGGUUGCAAUUCUCUCUCAAAUAAAUCAUCGGAAUAUUGUUAAGCUCUUUGGGUGCUGUCUUGAAACUGAGGUCCCACUAUUGGUAUAUGACUUUGUUCCCAAUGGUUCAUUAUUCGGAAUUUUACAUUCUGGUUCAAAUAGUGGUUUCUCUUUGUCAUGGGAUGACUGCCUAAGAAUUGCCGCAGAAGCAGCAGGAGCUCUCUGUUAUCUCCACUCGGCAGCUUCAGUAUCAGUCUUCCAUCGUGACGUGAAGUCCUCUAAUAUACUGCUAGAUUCUAACUAUACUGCUAAAAUUUCAGACUUUGGAGCUUCUAGAUUGAUUCCUAUUGAUCAAACUCAUGUGGUUACAAAUGUCCAAGGCACAUUUGGGUACUUAGAUCCAGAGUAUUACCAUACUGGGCAACUAAACGAGAAGAGCGAUGUAUAUAGUUUCGGUGUGGUACUUUUGGAACUACUUUUGAGAAGGAAGCCUGUUUUUACAGAUGAGGAAGGGUCAAAGCAAAACUUGUCCAAUUACUUCCUUCGGGAGCUAAAAGCAAUGCAAAUUAAAGAGAUAGUGGCUGCUCAGGUUUGUGAGGAAGCAACUGAGGAAGAGAUUAGCAGUGUUGCCUCUCUUGCGGAGAUGUGUUUGAGGCUCCAAAGUGAAGAGAGACCUACUAUGAAGCAAGUCGAGAUGAAUUUACAGCUCUUGCGAAUGAAAAGCUCAAAUUCAUGCCGUGUUGUUCCAGAAAAUGCUGAAGAGAUGCAACCGUUGCUACGUCCAAGAGCUGAAACUGAAUGUGAGCUAUUGGCUAAUGCAGAGUCCCAACACAAGCAACAAUACUACAGCUUAGAGCAGGAGUUUGUAUCAUCUCUUGGGGUACCACGCUAAGGGCCUAUUUGCAGUGUUAGAAUUCCAAAGGGACUUCAGAGGAAAAGAAGCUUAUAUGAGUGGAUCGAUGUUUCUUUUCCUACUAGACCUAACAAAAUACUGUUUUAUAAUCAGGCAUGUGUCUGAACAUCGCAAUGUGGUCCAUCUUAUUAUCCACAAAAAGAUGAUGGCCUGUCCUUCAGUCUCUUGUUUAAUACAUUAUCAAACGGCAUGUAGUACUUGUUUCCUUUCACA